CUUGGAUUCAGCUCUGCAGCUACGCGCACACGCGACGCUGUGAGCUAUUCGGCCACGCAGCGCUGUUGCGAGACCCGGACGAUUGCGCAGAACGCGCGCAGCGGUAGCCAGACGUAGCCAAAAGCCACAGUGGGGACAGGCUGCCACACUGCAUAAAACACAGCUGCCAGCGUGCGACGAGGACGAACGAUGAGCGCCAUCGUCCACCGAGAUCUCAUAGAUGCCUCCGAGCUAGACAGCCUCCUGCAGCGGCUCACGACGGCGCAGAACGACAAGGAGCGUCUCCGGCACUUGAAAACCGCGGCGCGGAACUACACCUUCGACGGCGGCCAGAUCGCGCGGUUGCUCGCACCGAUGGCGGCCUCUCCGGCGGCGGCCGUCGAAGCCGCGGUCAUGCUGCUGCGGCGCGCGGUGCCGCGGGCCGCUGAUCCGGCGGCCGUCGAGACCGCGGUCGCAGCACUGGUUUACGACGAGCAGCGCGCGGACGUGAAAGCGAGGCUCGGCCUCGGCCCGGGCGACAUCACGGACGCGGCCGAGCCCCUCGCGGUGAGCUCGACGGCGGCGGACGAGGCGCUCCGGGGCUUCGCCGACCGGUCGGGCGCCAUCGCUCUCAACUGCCCGGCGGUCCCGACGGCCGACGGCCGAGGCGUCACCAUGAGCGUGCCGGUCAAAGUCAUGUUCCAUAAUCCAGCGGACGACAACAAGGUCCGCUUCGCGAUGAUGGACGACGCGGCGUUCCGCGACACGUUCGGCAUGGACCGCGGCGCCUUCGACGCGCUUCCGCAGUGGCGGCAGAUCGCGCUGAAGAAGGAGAAGGGGUUGUUCUAAGAAAAUGUGUCAAAAC